UCCGCCGCCAAAAAAGCCAUGGCCGAGGCAGCCGAGGAGGCGCCCGCCGAGGAGGCGCCCGCGGCCCCGGAGCCCGAGGCCGCCGCCGCGGCCGAGCCCGCGCCGACGGAGGAGGCCCCGCCCGCCCCUAUCGUGGAAUCCACGGACCCGACGCCCGCUGAGGCCGCCGCUUUGGAAGCGGCCGGCGAGGCGCCGCCGCCGCCUCCCGCCCAGUACGGCAGCCCGCCGCAAGAUGGCAUGUACCAGCAGCCGGCCGUCUAUAAUGUCGCUCCGAUGGCCCAGUAUACCAUACAAGCUCUGGCUGGUCGCACCGUCGAGUUCAAAUUAUUGCUGCCGCACGCGGCUUGUGGGAUCGUGAUCGGCAAGGGCGGCGCCAUGGUCUCGCAUAUUAGGGAUGCGUCGGGGUGUCAAGUAGAUGUGCAAGAAUCUCCCGCGCCGCCGCCGAUGGCUGGUGGGGUCCAGGGCGGCUCCGAGCGCAUCAUUACGUUAUCAGGCGACUUCGGGAGUGUUUAUGCUGCUUUUCAAAUGGUUUUACAACAUCUCGCGGCGGCGCAGCCGGCCGACCCUCUACUGACGACGAGACCGCCUGGUUCGGUAGAAGCUGUAGUAUUGGUGCCGAGGAACAAGACGGGCGGCUUGAUUGGUCGAGGCGGCGCCUCGAUCAACCGCGUCAGGCAGGACUCGGGCGCCACGGUCAAGGUGGGAGCCCCUGAAGACGUUGUGGCCGGGGAUCCAGACGUCCGGAAGUGCAUCGUGAGCGGCGCGGUAGAGCAGGUCAUGGCCGCCUUUACGUUGAUCGUGCACAAAUUGGAAGAGACGCCGGCGGGAGCAGCUCGCGCCGCGGACGCGCCGCCGAUGGCGCAGGGCUACGCGCAAAAUCCGUACGUGCAGCAGUACCCGCAAGGGGCCAUGCCGGCUCAAUUAGCCCCGGGGACCAUGCCCGUGCAGUUCCAGGUACCUAAUGAAAGCAUGGGCGCCGUGAUUGGGAGAGCUGGUGCGACGAUCAAUCAGAUCCGAAGCAUGUCGGGUGCGAAGGUCGACAUUGCCCAGUCCGUGCCGGGCAUGCCCAUGCGUUUGGUCACCGUAACAGGAACCCCAGACCAGAUCCAGAUGGCGCAGUACUUGAUUCAAGUGAAGAUGGGCGGCGGUUCAUUACCUGCGGCUGGAGCGCAGUUGGCCGCGGGGAGCUACGACCCGUCCCAGGUCGCGCAGCAGCAGCAGCAGGCGGCAGCUCUCCAGCAGCAGAUGAUCCAGGCGCAGCAGCAGCAGUACGCGCAGAACCCGGAAAUGUACCGCCAGCAGGUGGCCCAACAACAGGCGAUGCUGGCCCAGCAGCAGCAGCAGAUGCAGGCGGGCGGCUACCAGUACCCGGCGCAGCAGUUUUAGAGGUUGUGAUGAAUGUGUCCCCUCCCUCCUCCUCACCGCGCCGCGCGAAGCACCACGGCCGACCCGCCUCCAAUUCUAUAGCGUCCUCCUCCCCCGGGGCGCGACCUAACGACAACGUUAGGAUUUA